GGGGCGGAUCACGUGUUCGCCAGCUCUGCUCUCGGCUGCGGUGCCUGCGGAAGCCGGAAGUGGCUGCUGUUACGGGGAGAGCGUCACGGAUUCCCGGUGAUGAUGUAACCGGCCUGGCCGGGGCCCUGAGACCGACACUGGGGGGGGAGACUGCAAGCAUGAACCUACUGCCCUGCAACCCGCACGGAAACGGCCUGCUCUAUGCCGGCUUCAACCAGGACCACGGCUGUUUUGCGUGCGGAAUGGAGAAUGGAUUUCGUGUUUAUAAUACCGAUCCCUUGAAAGAGAAGGAGAAGCAAGAAUUCCUCGAGGGUGGCGUGGGUUAUGUGGAGAUGUUAUUUCGAUGUAACUACCUGGCUCUAGUGGGAGGAGGGAAGAAGCCGAAGUAUCCUCCCAACAAAGUGAUGAUCUGGGAUGACCUGAAGAAGAAAACAGUAAUUGAAAUAGAAUUUUCCACGGAGGUGAAAGCGGUGAAGCUCCGGAGAGACAGGAUUGUGGUCGUUUUGGAUUCCAUGAUUAAAGUGUUCACAUUUACACACAACCCUCAUCAGCUGCACGUCUUCGAGACAUGUUACAAUCCUAAAGGAUUGUGUGUUCUGUGUCCAAACAGCAAUAAUUCGUUACUGGCAUUUCCUGGAGCUCACACCGGCCACGUGCAGAUUGUAGAUCUUGCCAGCACCGAGAAGUCUCCAGUAGAUAUACCGGCUCAUGAAGGUGUGCUGAGCUGUAUCGCCCUGAACUUACAAGGGACCAGAAUUGCAACAGCAUCCGAGAAGGGAACGCUCAUAAGAAUAUUUGAUACGUCAACUGGACAUCUCAUCCAAGAACUGCGACGAGGAUCACAAACUGCAAAUAUUUAUUGCAUUAAUUUCAAUGAAGAUGCAUCUCUAAUCUGUGUUGCAAGUGAUCAUGGUACAGUGCAUGUCUUCGCUGCAGAGGAUCCUAAGAGAAACAAGCAGUCCAGUUUGGCCUCUGCUAGUUUCCUCCCAAAAUACUUCAGCUCCAAGUGGAGUUUCUCUAAAUUUCAGGUUCCCUCUGGAUCACCUUGUGUUUGUGCCUUUGGAACAGAGCCCAGUUCAGUCAUAGCUAUCUGUGCAGAUGGCAGCUACUACAAGUUUCAGUUUAACCCAAAGGGAGAAUGUACCCGUGACGUCUACGCCCAGUUUUUGGAAAUGACUGACGACAAACUCUGACCACGUGGAAUCGGAAACAUUUGCUCUCACUAAAGGAUGGGACAGGCAGAAUUGCUGUAUUUCGAUAAAACUCUGACAACCUUUUUCAUAUUGGGUUUUUAGCAUUGAAAUCAUUUCACUUUCUGUAAUGCUUCAGAGUGUCCCGUUUUCAGAUAGAAUCCCUGGCCAUAUAACUGGCAAGGUUUUAUUAACAGUCAAGUGAAGGUUUUUAAGACUUUAUUAAAGCGAGGAUAUGAAUCCCUUAGAUUCCUUCCCCUGCCAGGUAAAAUGGCAAUACAGCUUCCUUGCUGCCCCUUUUAACACAUGGAAUUCCAACAAAUGGGGGAGAGGGGGGGGAGAGAGAAUAAACACCUCUUUGGCACUCUGUUAUUACAUUAAAACAUUUUUAAAGACUAAUUAUGUAAUUGUGACACUAACCUAGAGCCUUCAUAGCACUGAGCAACCACUAAGUGUUACCACUUAAUGAAUGGCGAGUUAACCCUGUAUCUACUGCCAGGACUUGCAGGCUGCAGCUGGUUUAAAGGCUGUUGUGAAACCUCUCCGGCCGACUACAGGGGUGAGGCACGCAAGACCACUUUGAUUUGAAAUUCUAGAAUAGUGCGCCUGCACCCCUCCCCCCCCCCCUUUUUUGUCCCUGUCAAACUCCAGAUAACCGUAAAUUAGAUUUUUAUGUUAAUUUUAUUUUUGACGUGUAGAACCCUGCAUGUUGCUUUGUGAAAUUAAUCACAACUUCCGUUUGUUUUGCACACUUAUUUGUAAAAAUAUGUUAUUGCUUUUUAAUAAAACAUGACCAAACAA